CUUGGCUUCACAGCACCACAAUCCCUUCUCUCUUCCUGUUCGCCAUCUAUCAUGUUCGUCCCUUGCCCCGCGGAUUUCUGGCCGUCCGCUCCAUUCCUAUAAGUACCCUAUGACUACAUCCUCCAUUUCAUUCCCUAUACGCUGUCGCUCACCCCAUCCGAAGCGAGUCUGCCCGCUCAGCCCUCACAAUCUCUCACCGUCGUCAGUAUAUGUCGGCAUCAGCUUCUUCUGAGGUAUCGUCUCAUAUCGAGCAGCGCCGAGACGGUGUAGCUGCGAAAGACUCGAGUAGCAUUCUAGGAUCACGAAAUCUUAGUAAUGGGAAUGACCUAGUUGUGCACCCGACACCACGGUCAACGCUACCCAGACACUGGACCUCAUUCCAAGAGCAUGCCGACUCCGUGGGCUGUACUGUAACCCCUGGAAACGGAUCUACGCCGAGGCCUGAGAAUAGACGUGAGGGUUUCAUGUGGGAAAUACCACUAGGAGGUAAUUAUCACGAGAGCCGGCAUCCCCGCAAAAGCUCUAGCACAGGCUCUAAUUUGACGAUCCACAAAUCACGAGUCAAGCCGGUGACUGGCAGGCGUACGAGCAUAUGUGCUUUCGAUACAGCAGAAAGCCCCCCCCAAAGAGAUAGUACUGAAUCCUUCAUCACCCACGAGAUAUCUUGCGAUAGUACCAGUCUAUCUUCUGUUAGCAGCAUCGCUCAUGGACUAUUGGGAGUUGCUCCAGACCUUACAAUGUUAAACGCGAUCAAGAAGAAGUACGAGAAUCGCAGUGGGGGAACCGCGACAGAUGUUCCAACCCCGGUUAUUCGACGAUCUAGUAACCCUAGUCGAAGAUUGUCAUUCAGAAUUAACCCCAAGAUAAGAAGAGCUCGAUCGGAGGACAAAGAGCGCAGCAAGCCUACUGGAAUCGAGCCAGUGAAACGUGGGUUGAAAGACCGACGGAAAUUGGACAAUGCGGAUGCGAUGAAGCUCACUCUGCCGCUGGGCUUACCUAAUCUACCUCCUCGACAACGCACCCCUAUAACGCCAAUUCCCCCAAGUCUCCCGCAGAUAGGUUCCAACCGGUCUCGAAGUCCAAAGUUUCCGUGGGUACGGGACUGUCCCCCUGAAUGGCCAACAAUGGAAAUUUCUCCACCGUCCACUAUCCAAGAAACCCCUUGCAGUGGUGAUAACAAGCAUGGCCAUGGCCUCCUUCCUGGGAGUGAUCCGAUCUUCUCCUCGCAGGGCAUACCCAAAGGGCGAGAGAGACCAGGCCUCCGAGGUUUCUCAAGCCGACCCCGAAUGCACAGAAGGAGCGCCAGUCAAAGGAGCGAUAUCUCACCGGUAACAAGUCCUCUGAGCAAAGAAGCACCUAAUUAUCUUAUAAAGACAGAAGAAUUGCAUCAAUUAGGCCAGCAAAGGAAGCAAGCGAAACGCUCAAGGCGUUGGCGAUGGAGUGCCCCGUUCACAUCCGGAGACAUAGAGUCCGCAGACUCGCCCUCUCGCCAACUAACCGACUCGCCACAGCCCUUCCCCUCGAGGCUUCGCGCUCCAUGGAAAAGACAAGCUCAUACUCCUCCGCCGUCAGCUGCCCAAAUACCACCCUCCGACUCACCGUCUUCAAUGUACCCCACAAACCCCUGGCUUGGAAUGCAUACCCCCGCCACAAAACCACCAACCCACCCCAUGAAAGAUCCCAUUUCUAGCUUCCCCGUCCCUCCAAUGUUCGUCCCCCCUGGCGUCCAGCGCGUCUCUACCCCGCCUCUCUUUGAUGAAACACGUGAAAUCAGAGGCAAACUCGCAAAAUUCUACUUCGACAUCCACGGCGUGAAACACUCGCGGCCUUCCCCAUGCGUGCAAGCUGGAGUAUGGGAUUCAGACGCCCUGCUAAUGCCGCAGGAGAGCAAUAUCACGCCAAAAAGCGGGAGCGAGGAUGAAAGCCCACAAGGCAUAUCUGUUUCUGGAAAUUCGCCGUUGCAAUUAUCAAAGCCUUCAUCUUCCCAGCCGAGGAAAUCGCCAGCCGAGUACUUUGCGGCUGGGGCUGGGAGGAGCGGUGCGCCGUUCUCCGCACCGGUUCUCACAAACUCGGCUGUUUUCCAGGACUUGUAUCAUGUUCAUCAAAGAGAAGACGAGAGAAAACCUAAUAGUGGGGAGAUUGAAGGGGUUGAAGAUGUGGCGAUUCUAGAAUGGCUAAUUCCGGAGCAUUUGCCCAGUUCCCCGUUGUGUCCACUUCAUCCGAAAUAUCGGGGUCCGAGUAGGAUUUGUGUGUAUCAUGGACGGAGGAAGGAUAAGUCCCGGGAGGAUGGACUUGGAGAUGGAGUUGUGGAGGACGAUGAGGGGGGUGAUAGUCUUAGGAGAGAGAAGGGGUGGGCGAAGAAGAGGAGGAGAAGGAGGCUGAUUAGCUUCUCUGGUCAAUGACAGAUGGUGCGGGGAGUUUCCUUAGGGUGUUUCUGCCCUUGAAGGUAGAUAUGGGCAUGCAUGGUUUGGUUCGGUUUGGAUGGGUUGGGUUGAGAUGGGACGCUAAUGAUGUGACGAUUUCAUUGGGUGGGCGUACAUUCUUAAUGAUGCCUAUUUUGUUCUUCAUUUCGUAAUUCUGUCUUAUCACUUAGCCAUCCUCUC